UCCACCUCUCAGACACAAAAUAUCUCACUCUGUCAUGGAUUCAGUCAAGCUCUCCCUUCUCCUUUUCUCUCUCUGCCUCAUUGCAUGCUCGGCAGUGCCUAAAGAUUUCUCCAUUGUUGGCUACUCAGAAGAGGACCUGACGUCGCAAGAGAGGCUGAUCAAUCUCUUUGAAAUCUGGAGGGCAGAACACAGAAAGUCUUACGCAAACCUUGAAGAGAAACUGAAGAAGUUUGAGACCUUUAAAGACAACCUGAAGCACAUUGACGAGACCAACAAGAAGAGGAGCAGCUACUGGCUUGGGCUGAACGAGUUUGCAGACAUGAGCCAUGAGGAGUUCAAGAAGAAAUAUCUGGGACUGAAGCCUCAUUUGCCAAGGGGAAGGGACGCCACAUCGAAGUCGCCGAAGCCUUUCAGGUAUGAGAAUUCUGAGCUCCUGCCCAAGUCAUUGGAUUGGAGAAAGAAGGGAGCAGUGACUCAAGUGAAGAAUCAAGGAGCUUGUGGGAGUUGCUGGGCUUUCUCGACGGUGGCGGCAGUCGAGGGGAUAAACCAGAUUGCAACAGGGAACUUGACGUCAUUGUCCGAGCAGGAAUUGAUCGACUGCGACAAGCUAUUCAACGAUGGGUGCAAUGGAGGUGUGAUGGACUAUGCCUUUGCAUUCAUCUUUUGGAAUGGACUUCACACUGAGGAGGACUACCCUUAUCUCAUGGAGGAGGGCACCUGUGAGGAGAAGAGGGGUGAUCUGAGAGUCGUUACCAUCAGUGGCUAUGAGGAUGUGCCAGCGAACAGCGAACAGAGCCUGCUCAAGACAUUGGCCCAUCAGCCUGUCAGUGUUGCCAUAGAAGCCUCUGGCAGAGACUUCCAGUUCUACAGGGGGGGGGUUUUUGAUGGACCUUGUGGGACUGAGCUGGAUCACGGAGUGACGGCUAUGGGUUAUGGAUCAUCCAAGGGCCAAGACUACAUCAUGGUGAAGAACUCGUGGGGGCCAAAAUGGGGCGAGAAAGGGUACAUAAAGAUGAAGAGGAAUACAGGGAAACCUGAAGGUCUCUGUGGGAUAAACAAGAUGGCUUCUUAUCCUACAAAAGAGCAAUGAGCAAAAGAAAUGGGCAGCAGAACUAUAUUCUGAAAUUGUUAUGUCUGAUCUACAUUCCAGUUUAACUCAUUUUUAGAUGCUGAAUUUAUAGGAUGGAUUCCAUUGCAAAAGCAAUCCAUGAAUUUAUAGGAUAAUGUGACUUGUAAGUUCAAAAAAAUAUAAUAUUAUUAAAUAUCAUGAAUAAGAAUGAACAGUUGAGGUGUAUCUCGGAGAUAAUAUUCCAGAACUCCAUCAAGAUUGCUGCAUUUAUCAACA